UUGAAAGAAAUGAUCAAAAUUCAAAAAUGAUAAAAGAAAAUACUGAAGCUAUAAAACCACCUGAAAAAGUUGAUGACUUUUUGUUGUCACUGUUUAAAGCGUUGGACAGGCAGAAAUCUAAAGAUGAACGAAAAACAGUGGAAAAAAAAAUAGUUGUUCGGAGAUUGCCCCCAACAAUGACCGAAGAAAGAUUUCUCAAUGAGGUGUCUCCUCUGCCUGAAUUCAAUUAUAUGUAUUUUAUACCUGGUGAUCCAAAUGCAGUGCCAUUCCAUCAUUCAAGGGUUUAUAUCAAUUUUCUUAAAGAAGAUGAUAUGUAUAUGUUUACUGACAAAUUCGAUGGUUAUGUAUUUGUUGAUGACACUGGUGACGAGUAUCCAGCUACUGUUGAACUAGCACCUUACCAAAGAAUACCAAAAAAGAAAUUAGAUAAAGAUGCAAAUUGGGGUAAAAUACACGAGAACCCGGUGUUCUUAGAGUUUAAACGUAAUUUUGAACAGAAGACUAUAGACACUACGUUAAAAACUACUCAACACUUUUUUGAAUCUGUUGAAGAUAAAUCUCAAGAACAAGAUUUGAGUACACCACUACUUGAAUAUUUAGCAAAGCAGAAUGAUAGGCAACGUGUACGAGUUAAUCAAAGAGAUGAACGUCGUAAAAAAGUAUUUAUCAGAAAACAGGAAAAAGAAGAUGUUUGGAGAAACAAAAAAGUGGAAAAAGAAAUUUUCAUUAAAUCCAAACCCAUUACCAAAAGUAACAUAAUCAGUAAACGAGUAAUUGAUGAAAAACCAGUGAAAGAUACAAACCAAAAAAAAAUUAUUAAAAGUCAUAAAGAUGAUACAGGAUUAAAUGUUGAAAAAAUCAAACAUUGUGAUGAAAGUCAUAAAGUUAAGAGUGAAGAUACAACUAAAGUUGAUGAAGUUAAAAAAAUAGAAUUUAAAAUUAAAACAACCAAGCUAAAUAGUCCAACCAAAUGUUUUGAUAAUGAUUUAAAAGAAGAUAUUACUUCUAAACCUGAAAAAAUUAAUGUGGAUAUGUCUAAAGAAGAUAAUGAUAUAAAAAAGAAAUCGGAAACAUUGAAACCAGGAUAUUCAGAUAACAAAACAAGUGUAUUAUUAAAAUAUAAUAAAUGGCAUGAUGAUAAAGAAACAGUUGAAACUGGUGAAACUGAAAAUUAUAAAAAGCAUCGAUCUGAUAUGGAUAAAAAAUUUGUUUACAAUAAGCGAAUAGAUAAUCGCCGUCAAGAAUCCAAGACUGAUCGUCGCAUUAGAAAUAAGGAUCGCCCAGCUAUUGAAAUUUAUAGGCCUGGAAUGGGUAGACUAAGUAAGUUGAAAGCUGAGAAUGAUAAUAAUGUUGAAUCAGAAGCUCAGAAGUAACAACUGAAAUUCAAAUUAUAUUUAACAAAAUAUUGUUUUAAAUAUUUCUUGUAUAUAAUUUUUAAGCUGUUUCUUUAUAA